AAAACAUUGACGUCAACAUUGCGGAAGAUUUGAAAUUAUGGCAAAUAUUCAAGAGUUAAAAUCGGUUGUGAAAGAGACGCUAGAAAACCGUGGUGUUUUGGGUCAGAUUAAAGCCAGGAUUCGAGCUGAAGUCUUCAAUGCAUUAGAUGACCAAACAGAAACCCGGCCAAGUCUCAGUAAUGAAAACAUGCUGAUAAAUGAGCUGAUAAGAGAAUACCUUGAAUUUAACAAGUAUAAGUAUGCAGCUUCUGUGUUAGUUGCAGAAUCAGGUCAGCCUAGUACACCCCUUGACAGAGCCUUCCUGAGUAAUGAACUCAAUGUGCAAGAAGACAAAGAUUCUGCCUCAGUGCCUUUAUUGUAUGGUAUAGUGGCUCAUUUCCUGGGGAGGAAGACCGACAGUAAACCACAUCACAGUAGAGAGAAGCAACAAUUGCCAAGUCAACGGAAUGUGCAGGAUGAUAUUGACAGACAACACUAUCUACCUCGUGACACAACUUCUGGAAGAGAGCAUGAUCCACUGAUUGUAAGAGGAGGCUACAGGUGA